AUGAACUAAAUUUGGAAUGAAUUUUGAAUAAUUCGACAACCUUUCGAAUAUUUUUCAUUUUCUUUUUUUUAAAUUAAAAGUUACGUUUGGAACGUUUAAAUACAUUUAAUUCUACAAUUUUACUUACGAAAUGAAGUUAGUAAAAAGGAUAAAAAGCAUGACAUUCAGCCUUCCUUGGGGGAGGAGGUACCACAAAGGCUUUCCUGUGGGAAUCACGGAAAUGACGCAAACCAGAGUUAAAGCCAAGGAGUAUCUUCGUACCAACUUACUCCCGAUUCUGACCAUAAUUUGCGUAAUCAUCGGAAUCGUCAUCGGUUUGAGCGUAAGAAAUCUUCGAAAAUGGGACGAGAGGAGGUUGAUGUAUAUUAACUUUCCAGCCGAAAUCUUUUUAAGAAUGUUGCAGGCUUUGACCAUCCCUCUGAUUGUUGCCAGUCUCAUAGCCGCUGUGGGCAAUCUGGAAGUUAAUCUUGUUGGCAAAAUAGGAGUAAGAGCCAUACUCGUUUUUCUCAGCACAACUCUGAUCGCCACUUCAUUGGGUGUUGUGCUGGUUUCCGUUAUCCAACCCGGAAAACACAAAGAAGAUACAUACGUCAAAGAACAAAAUUCUGUUAUCCAUUUUAGUCUUACUGUAGAUAAGUUGUUGGAUCUUGUAAGGAAUAUGAUACCACGCAACAUUAUCGAAGCCUGUAUUUUUCAAACAUUUACUGAGAUUGUUCCUCCAGAAAAUGAAACUCUUAGGAAUUCUACAGAAAUACAUUCGUGGAAAUUUAAAUCUUCGCGUAUACAAGAAAUGAAUAUCUUGGGUCUUGUAGUAUUCGCCAUUAUGAUAGGAAUGUGUUUGAGUAAGAUGAAAGAAAAAUCCAAACCCGCUCUCAACUUCUUCGAAUGUAUCGACGAAUGUAUCAUGAUUAUUGCAGAACACUUCAUUUGGUUUUCUCCUAUGGCCGUAAUGUUUAUCAUAAUUGGAAAAAUCGUAGAAACAGAGAACGUGAUGUUAAUUGUUGAGCAAUUAGGAAGUUACGUAUUGACAGUGCUGUUAGGCCUGUUUAUUCAUUCCAUGCUCAUUCUACCUUGCCUUUACUUCGUUUUCACUAGAAUGAAUCCUUUUACAUUCAUGAGAGGGAUGUUACAUGCGAUUAUAACUGCUCUAAUUACAGCUUCAAGUUCCGCUACCCUUCCGAUCACCAUCAAAUGUUUGAAGAAUAAGAUAGGUUUGGAUCCUAGAAUCUGCAGCUUCUGUCUUCCUAUAGGUGCAACCAUUAACAUGGAUGGUUUAGCCUUGGCUCAACCGAUAGCUGCAUUAUUCAUCGCUCAAAUAAAGAAUAUAGAAAUCGACUCGGGAGGAAUUAUCGCCGUCGUUGUCAUGUCUGCGGCUUCUAGCGUGGCAGCCGCGGGAAUACCAAAUUCGGGGAUGAUCACUUUAGUCAUGGUUCUACAAGCUUUGAACUUACCAGCCGAAAAUGUCGCCAUUGUCUUCGUAAUCGAUUGGUUCUUAGAUAGGUUUCAAACUGUGGUCAAUGUUUUGGGUGAUGCUUACGGUUCCGCCAUAGUAGCCAAUAUAUGUCAAGAAGAAUUGGAAGAAAUUUCAGUGAGCGAUUAUAUCGAAGAUGAAUUAGAUCAUAAAAAAAUCCACCGUGAAGAGUUAAGUACAGGGUACUCUACGCCUUCUUAUGCCAAAGAUGAUGAGAUAGAAGACCUACCGACUGAUAAGGCCAUGGGCUCUUCAAAGUAACAAAAUCAUAAAAACGAAGUGCUGUUUCUUAAUGUAAACACAUAAAAUAGGACUUAUUUUGGCAUUGUUUUCAUUUUGGACUUGUUAAAAAAAUUAUUUAAAUAUUGAUUUAUAGAAUUUUCCAUAAAUUUGAUGAUCUAAAUUAACAUAAUCCGAAUUAAUAUUAUUAUAAAGUAUCGAUUUAUA